AUGAAUUUUGAGCUAAAAGAAAGGUUUUACAAAAAUAUGAUUAUACAGAGGGAUAAUGAAGAUAAUGAAAGAUUUAAAAAAGCUGUAAUAUUUCAAAAUAAUAUUUUUAAUACCGAAAAUGAUUUAAUUAAAGAAAAAGAAUUUUUUAAACUAAAACAAGAAAUUCAAAAUUAUAAACUCAGAAUUGAUGCACUUCAAAAUGAAAAUAAUUAUUUAAAAGAUAAAAUUCGGUCAUGUGAAAAUAAAUUAAAAAAUUUUAAAUAUGAUAUACAAGUAAAAAAUAAAAGAAUUAAUAAUUUAAUGGCUGAAAAUGAUAUAAUAAAUAAAAUGUACAAGGAUAUAUAUCUCAGCAUGUAUUUCAGAAGAUAA